AGCGACCACACGACGUCCUGCACGUCUCAGUCUGAGCGCACGACGCCGCUGCAGCUUCAGGAGGCUGCUGGUUCUGAUCGCUGGGAUCCAGCAGAACCACGACUCACCGGACCGGUAAGUGUGUUUCCAUCACAACACGUUAAAUUGUACUGGAGUCAGGUGUACAACAGCCGGCAGGUUCUGGCCUGUAUGUGGCUGCCAUGUUUAAUAGUUCUGUGUUUUAACUGUUACAUGUUCUGUUCUUUGGUUCUGUCACAUUCUGCUUUCUUCUGAUGCAAUCAGACAAUUGGAUCAGAACUCUGUAGAUUCAUCUUGUAACCUUUUUAACAUUUGUUUGUAUUUGUUUUUUCAUGUUUGUCAGUAUUUUCACGGCACCUUUUUAAUAUAAUUUGUGCUUUUUUGUUUUUCUUAUUUUGUUUUUGUGAAAGUUUGUCUUCUUCUGCUUGCUGAUGUUUAUGUAAAUAUUUAUUUAUAUCAACAUAAAUAUAUAUGCAUAUAGAAUAAAGCCCGUCUGUUAAACUGGCUGCUGAGAAAAAUAUUUAAUUGGCAUUAAAGAAAAUGUUUCCAACGAUCAGCCGGUGGAGUCGAUAGUUGAGUAUUUUAGAUGUAUGUGUUUUUAUUUUGGUGCCAUUUGAUUAAACCUCACACCACAGUGUGUCAGUGGGUCGGGUUCUGACCCCUUAACAGUUCACAUUUUUGUAUAGCUUUCAUUUUUUAUUUUGGGACAUUUUGCCUUCUUUGGGCAAAUUAAUAUUCACACAACCAUUUUUUUAAUCUGGGACAUUUUGAGACAUUUUGCAGAUAAAUAUUUCUAUUUCUUCACAAUUUUGUCACUUUUUGUUUUUGUGUUUUUGUCACGUUUGGCACCACAUGUGAGCCGGUUCUGGACCAUAUAUGGCUGGCAAUUUUGUGAAAUUGUUGAUUUUGCAACAUUUUUGGGGCAAUUUAUUAUUUUUGUUCAGCUGCGGUGACAUUUUUUGAAACAAUUUUUCUUGCUCUUAUGUAAUUUCUCUCUUCUGUCAGUUCUGUGUCUGUUUCUGUGCUCGAACACCUUCUUUCUCAUAACUCUGAAGGUUUUUACGGUUUUAUUUUUACACCCUUUGUGUUCUGGAUCUUUGUCCCGAGUUUGUGUUUGUGUGUUCAUGACUUUUGAUCAAGGUGUCGAGUUGCAACAAAUAUUUUUUCAUUUCAUGACAGCAGGUUUGUUGUGACCUCCAGACAGACGAGCCGUCUGGACCUGAAGGUGUGAGGCAGAGCGGAGAGGGUCAGUCGGGUCAUGGCGCCGAGGAGGAUGGAAACCAAACCGGUGAUCUUCUGCCUGAAGUCGCUGCUGCUGCUCUACUGCUUCAUCUUCUGGGUGACAGGUGUGGUGCUGCUGUCAGUGGGCUUGUGGUGGAGGUUCAUGUUGGGCCCCUACAUGCUGCUGAUCUCCAGCGCUCCCUCCAACGGUCCGUACGUCCUCACCGGCACCGGCGUCGCCAUCGUGCUGUUCGGACUGUUCGGCUGCUUCGCCACCUGCAGGGGGCGGCCCUGGAUGCUGAAGCUGUACGCUGUGUUUCUGUCUCUGGUCUUCAUGACUGAACUCAUCGCUGGAAUCUCUGGAUUUAUCUUUCGUCACGAGAUUAAAGGGACGUUCCUCACGACGUUCAGCGACGCAGUGAUGCGGUAUGACGGACGUGAUGACAGGAGUCUGGCUGUGGACGGCGUUCAGCGCAGAGGCUGCUACGAGCUGGUGACGUCGUUCAUCGAGAGCAACAUGGGAAUCAUCGCUGGAGUUACCUUCGGCAUCGCAUUCUCUCAGCUGAUAGGAGCGUCUCUGGCCUGCUGCUUGUCUCGCUUCAUCAACGCCAACCAGUACGAGAUGGUUUGACAGGAAAAGAGACACCAACACUCGUCACCAUGGAGACCACCCCCCCCACACACACACACACACACACACACACACACUUCUUCUUGUAUUUAUUGUUGUUCUGUGUAGAAACUAGUGGUUCUGUGGUUCUGUGAGUUUCCAGCUUCUUGACUGUGAUGUGCUGAUUCUUGUCUGUGAGGCUUCAGGUCAGAAACAAUAAAUGAAACUGCAGUGAAACAUAAUAAUAAUAAUAAUAAUAAUAAUAAUAAUAAUAAUAACAACAACAGAGAUAUUGAUGAUGUGUUUCAUGUUUACUGAAGUAUAAAAGUUCAGACGGCUUAUUGAUCUCGACUUCACGACGCUUCAGUCCAAACUGUUCACUGUGUUUGAGUUUAUUUCACUUGAUGUCCUGAAUAAACGAGUGUGGAGGUCCGACA